CUGGUCCCAACCAAUCCAGAUACGCCGGAGGUGGGGCCUGGCCCUCACUGGCUGGCACAGAGUGCGCGCGGGUUUCGUCGCCCCGCGGCGUUCGCCGGAGUUGAUCACUUUAGUGGGGGCGGCAUGGGGUCGGAGCUGAUCGGCCGUCUGGCCCCGCGCUUAGGCCUCGCUGAACCCGAAUUGCUGAGGAAAGCAGAGGAGUACUUGCGCCUGUCCCGGGUGAAGUGUGUCGGCCUUUCUGCACACACCACGGAGACUAGCAGUGCAGUCAUGUGCCUGGACCUUGCAGCUUCCUGGAUGAAGUACCCCUUGGACAGGACCUAUUUAAUUAAACUUUCUGGUUUGAGCAAGAAAACAUAUCAGAGCUGUCUUAAGUCUUUUGAGUGUUUACUAGGCCUAAAUUCGAAUAUUGGAAUAAGAGACCUAGCUGUACAGUUCAGCUGUACAGAAGCAGUGAACAUGGCUUCAAAGAUACUAAAAAGCUAUGAGUCCAGUCUUCCCCAGACACAGCACGUAGAUCUUGACUUAUCCAGGCCACUUUUCACUUCUGCUGCACUGCUUUCAGCAUGCAAGAUUCUAAAGCUGAAAGUGGAUAAAAACAAAAUGGCAGCCACAUCCGGUGUAAAAAAGGCUGUAUUUGAUCGACUGUGUAAACAACUAGAGAAGAUUGGACAGCAGAUUGACAGAGAACCUGAAGAUUUAGCUACUCCACCACAGAAGAGAAAGAAGAUAGUGGUUGAACCCCCAGCAAAGGAAGUGGAGAAGGCAGUGGAGAUGCCACAUAAACCACAGAAAGAUGAAGAUCUGACACAGGAUUAUGAAGAAUGGAAAAGAAAAAUUUUAGAAAAUGCUGCCAAUGCUCAAAAGGCUACAGCAGAGUGAUUUCAGCUUCCGGACUGGUAUGCAUUGCAAACUGAUAGUACAUUGCCACCUCCAGGAAGGCUUGAGGACUUUGGAAUUUUGUUUAAACUUUUUUUUUUUUUUGAGAUGGAGUCUCCCUCGGUCACCUAGGCAGAGUCUCCCUCGGUUGCCCAGGCUAGAGCACAAUGGUGCAAUCUUGACUCCCU